UACAAUCAAUGCAUAUUGUGAAGCCUGUUGUAAUUGAGCCAUCAUUUCCUUUGGUUUUUAAAUUCUGUAUUUCAUCUGAGUAAAUACAAAACUACCUCUAAUAUAAAGUAAUGCUUUUCUUUUAGUUUAGCUACCCGCUGCUGGACAUGUAGGAUGUACUCUGGGAACGUUCCGCGUUUCUGCAUCGCAACCAUUUUGAAAGUCCUCGGAAAGGCGGUGUAAACCGCCAUGAUCCAAUAUGGGCGCUGCUGAGAGCGAGUGAGUUCUGGGUGCAAUUUUUACAGGAAAUACCCUCUGAGACGGGCUACGGCGUUUGUGGAGUGCUGCCAUUUUACCGAGCUUACGGAGUGUGGAAUCAUGGGGGACUCGAUGGUCCAGCUCAGGUCAGAUUCGUACAAGGAUCAUUUACUGGGCGAGAUGCAGCAGCUUCGGCUGCUGGGUCAGCUGUGCGACAUCACGGUCCAGGUCGACUUCCAGGGUGAGCUGGAGGAGUUUGAGGCUCACCAGGUGCUGCUGGCGGCUUCCAGCGGCUAUUUCAAAGACAUCAUCCUGGGCAAAGACCCUCCCACUAAGAUCUUCCUGGGGUCCGUGCCCACGGCAGACUUCAGCCGGUUCCUGGAGUUUGUGUACACUGCUCAGCUGCAGGUGGAGGAGUCGAAGGCCAGCGACAUUCUGGCCAUGGCCAAGCUGCUGGACUGCCGGGGACUGGUGGCGGCGUGCGUGCAGGCGGCUGCCCCCAGCUCGCAGCAGAGCGCGGACACGCUGCAGGACCGCCGGGCGACUGACACCCUGGAACACCACUCUGUGACGGGUGUCCUGGCAGCAGACUUCCUGGAGGACGGUUUGGGGGAGACGCCCAGCCCCUCGAUGCGGGGGCAGAAGCGCAGCUCCAGGCUGGCAGGCCGUCGGGUGCCAGUGGGCGCCACCAGAAAGAAGUCCCUCAGGAAACCGGCAGCUAAACGGCAGGUUCCAGACCCGCAGACGGAGCCAGACCCCGUGGAGGGGCCCCUGGGGCAGGAGGGGCCCCUGGGGCGGGAGGGGCCCUCGGGCAAGGCAGACGGUUCUGGCACCGAGAUGUCAGAGGAACCUCUGGAGCCAGUGGAGUUUGACGACCGGGACCCUGCGGAAAAGUACGCCCCGGGCGAGGCCGACUUCCAGAUGGAGGAGGACGAGGAGAAGCGGGAGGAGGAAGAGGAGGAGGAGGAGGAGAAGAGGAGCAGGCGAGAGAAGAGAAAGAAGAACGGGCAGUUCCACUGCGAGAAGUGCCAGCGCUCCUUCCACUACGAGAAGAGCUACCUGAAGCACGUGUCCUCCAGCCACGGGGAGGCGCCGGAGGUGGAGUACCGCUGCCCCACCUGCGCCCAGACCUUCGCCAACCGCUGCAACCUGAAGAUCCACGAGCGGCACGUGCACAGUGACGAGCGGCUCUUCCCCUGCAGCGUCUGCUCCAAGGCCUUCAAGCGCAGGAAGGACGUCAAGCGGCACUGCCGCCAGGUGCACGAGGGCGGCGGCGACCGACACGCCUGCCCCGUCUGCGCCAAGAGCCUCAGCUCCAAAACCGCCCUGCUGCUGCACCAGCGCACCCACACAGGGGACCGGCCUUACCACUGCACCGACUGCAGCGCCAAAUUCUCCCAGAGCUCAGCUCUAAAGACCCACCGCAGGACUCAUACUGGGGAGAAGCCGUUUGCCUGUGACCAGUGUGACGCACGGUUUACCCAGAACCACAUGCUGUCGUACCACAAGCGCUGUCAUACAGGAGAGAAGCCCUUCAUGUGUGAGAGCUGUGGGAAGAGCUUUGCCUCUAAGGAGUACCUAAAGCACCACGCCAGGAUCCACUCAGGCUCCAAGCCCUACAAGUGUGAGAUCUGCGGGAGGGCCUUCGCCCAGAGGAACUCCCUCCACCAGCACAUGAAGAUACACACAGGAGAGCGGCCGUACAGCUGUGAGGUGUGUGGGAAGCAGUUCACGCAGCUGAACGCCCUCCAGCGGCACAACCGCAUCCACACCGGAGAGAAGCCCUACAUGUGCCUCCUCUGCAACCGCACCUUCACCGACAAAUCCACCGUGCGCCGCCACACCAUGACACAUGACAAAGACACUCCCUGGAAGAACUACCUGGUGGUCCUGCAGGGGAACAUGGAGGGGGGCCGCAAGGUGACCAAGCGAGGCGGGGCCAAGAACAAGGAGUCAUCAGCGGUGGUGAGCGGUGAGGGGGUGGGGCCUGUGGCAAAGCAGGAGGAAGGGGGCGUGGCUGUGCCACAGGCGCAGCCGGUGACGUUGGCGGGGGAUUGGCCGAGUGCAGGUCACGGAGCGAUCACAUUGGUCAGCCACACUGCGCUGGGCGGGUUCACACUGAUCCAGACAGACUCCACCCCCACGGCCGCCACUCAGGUCAUCGCCCUGGAGACGGCAGGCGGCACCGUGCCGCUGCAGGUUCCUGUCUCAGUCUCCGCCCCCCUGUCCAUCCAGGUCCCCGGCUCCGCCCCCUUUACCAUCCCCAUCUCCGUCUCUCUCCCCGCCUGCACCUCAGUCUCCAUCACCGCCGCCAGUCCAGCUCUACUUCCUGUUCCUGUGUCCGCUCCACUUCCUGUUCCUGUGUCCGCUCCACUUCCUGUUCCUGUGUCCGCUCCACUUCCUGUUCCUGUGUCCGCUUCACUUCCUGUUCCUGUGUCCGCUCCACUUCCUGAUCCUGUGUCCGCUCCACUUCCUGUUCCUGUGUCCGCUCCACUUCCUGUUCCUGUGCCCGCUCCACUUCCUGUUCCUGUGUCCGCUCAACUUCCUGUUCCUGUGUCCGCUCCACUUCCUGAUCCUGUUGCAGUGGCUCUUUCUGUGUGUGAGACGGCUGUCUCCGGCGAUGUGUGUGUGUCCGUGCCUCUGGAGCUUGACACUAUGCAAGACCCGCCCCCCUCAGAGAGCGGCCAUCUUGGAGGGACGGAGGACGUGAGUCUGGAGGCUAUCGCCGUGGAGACCAUGGAGACCAUGGAGGUGUCCUCAGAAGACAGACCCAGCCCUGCAGAGCCUCUGGUCUGACCUGUGUGUUCGGGGUUAAAUCACGUCACUCGACAUAAGGACUAAUGUAGCAGAGCGACGGAUUCCUGAUUUUCUAUUUCACUAAAAACCGGAACGUCAUGCAGAAGAUGAAAUUAUGAGCCUUAAAUCUUCCAACUUAAUUUGGAUGGUUGAGUGGGGCUGAACUGAUGACAGACUACAAACCACUGCGGUCUGGGACUACGAAUGUUGAGUUUGUGUUCUAAACGGUCACAGAACCACUACAGGUUUACCCUUCCAAGAGCACUCCUGUGAUGCUGCAUACUGAUGCACUGCAGGAAUAAUGCACAAGGAAAGUGGUUUACCUGCUCAUUACCUGUGUGAGGUACAGCGCAGGUAAAGCUAGUUUAUAAUGUCUGUCCCAGCUACAGGGAGGAAAAACAAACCUUUCCUCAUCCGAGAAUUGAUCUCAAAUUCAUGAAGAUCAUGCAAGAUGAAUAGUAAAAUACAAAAUUAUUAAUUACAAGUACGAUGAUAUUUUAAGAUGAAAGGACAAAAGAAAAUAAUUUGUGUGAAAGGUGUUACACUCUUACAUUGAUUGUGGCGUCUCAAGGCAGUUUAUUUUCUCCCAGUGUGUAGUUUGAGAUCAGGGUGAAUGUUACGUUGGAUGUGUGUAGCACCAGAUGGAUUAUUGCAGAGGAAAAUAUUUUGCAGUUUUCCUGAUAAAAGCGAAAGAUAAAUCGUGUUUCCUUUCAGGUUAAAAAAGAAUGGAACUGGUCUGAUAAUGGCCCUGGAGAUGUGGAAAUGUUGUGCAUGCUCCAGUGUGCCUACACACACGCACGCACACCAGGGUCACCUGCCUGUGCUCAGCCAAUCCCGUGCGUGAACCUGGAGUACUCACUGCAGCUCUAUUCCUGGAGGACCUGACCUCCUAACCUCCUGACCUUCUAACCUCCUCACCUCCUGACCUAACCUCCUGACCUCCUCACCUUCUAACCUCCUCACCUCCUGACCUAACCUCCUAACCUCCUGACCUAACCUCCUGACCGUCUAACCUCCUCACCUCCUGACCUAUCCUCCUGACCUUCUAACCUUCUGACCUUCUAACCUCCUCAUCUUCUAACCUCCUGACCUUCUAACCUCACCUUCUAACCUCCUGACCUCACCUCCUGACCUUCUAACCUCCUGACCUUCUAACCUCACCUCCUAACCUUCUAACCUCCUCACCUUCUAACCUCCUGACCUUCAUCCAUAAACGCCUGAGUAACCUGGAGGAAACCUUCACCCAUAAACGCCUGCAGCUCUAUUCCUGCUCUGACCUGGAGGACCUAACCUUCUAACCUCCACCCAUAAACGCCUGAGUCACAUACCCUGCAGCCUGCUGGGUAGAAUUCUGCAUAUUAAAAGUUGACCUGAAAAAUA